CAGGGAGGCUUCAGCUGCCGAGCCGAGAUUGAAAGAGGAGAGGAGCCAUGUUGCCCGGAGCCUGCGACUUGACCUUGGGGUCCUUGCAGUCGGAGCGUUGGCCCAGCGAAUUCCAACAGGGCCAUCGGGUCCUCGACGCUGCAUCGGUGUGGUUACGUGAGGGAUCUCGCGAUGGCAAACGCACGCUGGACCGAAAGAACAUGAAUAGCACCUAUGGAGGCUCCUUGUCGGCUCGUUCACUGGACAAGAUUUCAGACCCGGCCCGGAAGAUCGUGGUGGCCAGCGGCGCGCUGACCUCGCGCGAGAUGCGGCGCAUCGCCGAGGAAGAGGCUGUGCCGGGGACUGAGAAUCUCACGGCACCAUUGACAGUGGACGAGCGGAAGCUGGUGGAUUUGCUUCAGUCCAUGGCCGCGAAGGCUGCACAACGCUUCCCAUCCAUGAGCGAUUGCUUCCGCGGCUUGGAUCCGGACAGGGAUGGGAAAAUUGACCUGUCGGAGUUGCGCUACUUUUUUCGCACCUGUGGGCAGACAGAUGUAGUUGCCGAUGGUUUUUGGAAGUUGCUGGACCGCAACCGCAGCGAAUUUCUGGACUAUGAUCUUCUGGUGAGUUUCAUGCGGCCCUUUCUGGUGGCUGCCUAUUCAGGGGCCAAGCCAAGGCCACCAGUGAAGGAAACGGUCACUGAAAACCGUGCUGCGCUCAUCGCACUGGUCAAGGAAGACUUUGAGGAGCUGCUGCUUGCGGUGAAACAAAAGGCGCGAGGCUCGCUGAAGCCCCGGAAGGCCUUCAGGACCAUCGGACUGCCCGGCCGGGAUCACAUCGGCCUGAAAGAGACCCGUGCCUUCUUUCGUUGCUUCAACAUCGACGCGGAUGAGGUGGAUGCCUUUCACGAGGCUUUGGCCAAGCUCGGCGGCGGGGAGGUGACGCACCGGAACUUCAACGAUGUUAUGGAAGAUUGCUUCGUGCGAGAGCCAGACUAUGGCACUUUCAGGAUUCCGCAGAAGAAGCAGCUCCCCCGACCUCCUCCAACCUUGGAUGAUCCGGCCGGGCCGGAUGAUGAGGACGGCGCGUUUCAGAUGAGCAGCUCGCGUUUGCCCGAGGAGACAUUGUUCAGUUUCCGCAAAGACGUGGAAACCAAGUUGUUGAAAGAGAUCAGAGAGGUCAUGAGAGACAUAGGCUACAAGGUGCGCAUGAGCUACAAACGUCCACGCGACGCCCUGCGUGGGUUGGAUUUGGAGAAGGACGGCGUCAUCCGGCGCGAAGAGAUGCGGGACUUCUUCAGGGGAUUCAAUAAGUCUGAAAGUUUCGCGGACCGCGUUUUCGACUUGUUGGACCCGGAGGGUUCGGGCAAGGUGGACUUUGCGGAAUUUCUGGCGCACUUCGAUGAGGUCUUGACCCCUGCACACCGGCAAGUGGAGCGAGCGCCAGUGAUUGGCUUACAGGACCUCGAAAGGUCGCGGAAGGUGGCCACGGUGGUGAAUGCCAUCGGGCAUCGGAUGCUCACGAAAUACAAGAACGCGCGGCAAGCCUUCCGAGAUCUGGACCUUGAUAAAGACGGCAAAGUGAGUCGGCAAGAGCUGCGAUUUUUCGUGAAGAAGAUGGGCUUGCCCUUGGAGACCGCAGACGUGCUGUUUGAGGCAUUGUCCCCCACGGAUUUCGGAGGGCUCAUUGAGCAAGAGACCUUCGUGAGUUUGUUCCUGGAUUUGCGAGGCGAUUUGUCGAGCCACAGCCGCACCACGCUGAAAUUGCCCAAGAUCCCAUGAGGCUCUUGCCAUCCUGUUAUGCCCAGUUGGAGGUGGUUUCCCAGAGUUUUCUUCACGGCAUAUGACUUACAGGACUUGCAUGACACGGUACUUGUCACUGAC